AACUACGCAGGCUGAAGAACUCUGGGGAGGCAGAAUGACUAACCAGGGGAGUGGUUAACUAUGCCGCUCCGCAGGGUCCGUUCACCCGUCCAAGCAUGCAGCCCUGGUCAUCCAUUCAUCCUGACAAGCUCGGGGUAGCAUUGCCCCGAGCCAUCGCGACUCAACCGAGGGGAAGUUCACGGGUUGCCCCUCGACGCCGGCCUGUUCGUAUGCUUUCAAAUAUGGGACAUUCUCCCCUGGCCGAAGUUGGCUUCUCCUUCUUUUUUGUUUUCUCUCUCUAGCAUCCGCGAUCCUGUUCAUACCUCUUCUGUCAGACUACCACCACCAUGGGCUCUAUUGGACAAUUUCCCCGCAUCAAAGAAAUCCGCACCUUCAUCAUUGAUGGGGUGGGAUCUGGAGGUGACUACCACAAUGUCAAAGGGGGCCACUGGCUCAUUGACAGCAACAUCUCCACCCCCAUGACUCGCUGGGCUCAAUACCGUGGCUCCCGCACGUCAUGGGGAAUCAACGUCUUGGGGUCCUUCUGCGUCGAAAUCGAAGCUACCGACGGAACCAAGGGGUUUGCCACUGGAUUCGGUGGCCCCCCCGCUUGCUGGCUGGUCCAUCAACACUUUGAGCGUUUCUUGCUCGGUGCAGACCCACGGGAUACCAAUGAUCUAUUCGAGAAGAUGUACCGGGGUUCGAUGUUCUACGGCAGAAAGGGUCUCCCCGUUGCCGUCAUCUCGGUGAUUGACUUGGCUAUUUGGGACCUCUUGGGCAAGAUUCGCAACGAGCCCGUCUACAAACUCAUUGGCGGGGCGACUCGCUCACGCCUGGACUUUUACUGCACUGGUCCGCAGCCCGCUUCAGCCAAGGCAAUGGGCUUCUCCGGAGCCAAGGUUGCCCUUCCUCACGGUCCGGAUGAGGGUACGGAAGGACUGUUGAAGAACGUGGAAUACCUCCGUCAGCAGCGGGAAUCAGUCGGGCCCAACUUCCCAUUGCGCGUCGACUGCUACAUGUCCUUGAACGUUCCCUACACCAUUGAGCUCGUCAAACGUUGCGAGGCGGAAGGCAUCAACAUUGACUGGUGGGAGGAGUGUUUGACUCCCGAUGACUUUGAUGGCCAUGCGCUCUUGAAGCGAGCCCACCCCACGGUCAAGUUCACCACCGGUGAGCAUGAGUACUCGCGAUACGGUUUCCGAAAGCUCGUGGAGGGUCGCAACUUGGACAUUAUCCAACCCGAUGUCAUGUGGGUCGGUGGCAUGACGGAGCUGCUGAAGGUCUCGGCGCUUGCCAGCGCCUACGAUAUCCCGGUUGUCCCCCAUGCAUCUGGGCCUUACUCGUACCACUUUGUGGUUUCACAACCCAACACGCCAUUCCAGGAGUAUCUGGCCAACUCUGCCGAUGGAAAGACAGUUGAGCCCGUCUUCGGGAACAUGUUCCUGAACGAACCUAUUCCUACCCAGGGAUAUCUCGAUGUUUCAAUUUUGGACAAGCCGGGCUUCGGACUUGAGCUGAACCCGGCGGCUCCCCUCAUUCCCGCAUCAUCUAUCCUCACUCCUGCUCCUCAGAAAGCAUUGGUUGCUCCUGUUGAGAGCCAGCCGGAAUCUAACGGCACGGCUUAAGCGUGUAUUCCCGGCACAUUUUAGAUUCGCAGGCUGCUGGGUGGCAUUUUCCAUUUUGUAGUUCUUUGGCCUCGCAUGUAUACAUGAAACAAUUUUCUUACAGAU